UACUUCCUGGUGAAGUGUUGGGUAAACAUUAAGCGUCACGCCGGCUUUACUUCGUGACAAACUUGACCAACACGCCGGUGGAAAUGUCUUUCUGUUCCUUCUACGGCCGAGAGGUUUUUGCAGACCAUUUCAAACCAGGGAUUUACGCAUGCACCAAGUGUGGUCACCAGCUCUUCUCCAGUCGCUCCAAGUUUGAGCACUCGUCUCCCUGGCCAGCCUUCACGGAGACCAUCCACCAAGACAGUGUCUCCAAACGCGAGGAGAGAUCUGGCGCCUUCAAGGUGUCGUGCGGAAAGUGCGGGAAUGGCCUCGGCCACGAGUUUGUCAACGACGGGCCUGCGAAAGGAAUGUCCCGCUUCUGAAUAUUCAGCAGCUCACUGAAGUUCGUCCCAAAAGAUAAAGUGGAUGGACAGUAAAGUGAGCGUUCAACAGGAAGUGCUGCUGGCCCUUUAAACAUGUCUGUGUGUUGCUAUGUAAGUGGGGGUCAGCGAAUGACGCGCUCUGGGGGAAAAGCCCAACAUGGGAGCACCAGAGUUCCGAUGGACCGUGGUCUCCUCACUGCAUGGCAACCACAGAGGAAAGAAAAGAAUGCAAUCAUUGACACUCAGGAUAAUUUCAAUAAUCAUUUACAAUUUACAUUAAAUGUACAGUUUUUACAUGAGUUAUUUUAGUAAGAUAUUGCCUUCAACGGCAAAACAAAUCUUUUAGGAUUUUCAAUGCUGCUUGUAUUGCCAGUAAUUCAGGAUUAAAAAAAAACAUGUUUUGGACAUUUUUUGAUCAGAAUAAAAUAUAAGCACAUGUCAUAAUA